AUGGGUCUGCCCGUGUGCCGUAGUCUUGAGAAGAAGGGCAAGAUUUCAUCUCAUAAGAUAAUGACGGGAUACAUGUUCUGGAAAUACUCAACAGAACUUGGGUAUCGUGUCGGUUAUAAUGAUAGGCUUUCUGGCCAUGCCCUUCGCAGAGGUCUCGGAAACGGUCUUGAAGUUGCAGCAAGACAACAGAUCAUGGGACACCAUGGCACCACUGAUCAAGUCUUUCAGAAGUACUACGCCUGCAAUACUGUCGGGAUAGAUCUUCCCUCUCUUGUCCGAAGAAGAUCUCAAAAUCAAGACUACAUAAAUUUCGCCCGGUGUAUCACCUUCGGCAGGCAUACCAAUGCGCCGGCUCCACCGGGAUCGUUUAUCAACAGCCCGGAUCAAUUCGUCCCUUCAAAGGAAGAGCUGGCUAGAUUGGAAUUAAGAUAUCCUGGACGUGAGAAACGUGACCUCGUAAGAGUUGCAAAGAAGGAAGAUAUCAAAAGGAGGAGAGAAGCAUUCUUUGCUGACGUUGAACACCACCGCACUGGUGAAAGCAAUGCAAGCUCACAGGACGCGAACCAAAUUUAG